GUUAAAAUGAAUGGAGAAAACCUUUGCAGAGUUUUAGGACCCCAUACUGAGCCUGCAUGCCGAGAUGUACAGUGGAUGUAUUAAGUGCAGAAAUAGUAGUGCCUAGUAAAACACACUUGAUCCAUUAUUACAAGUGAUGUAAUAUAUCUGUGUGAAGUAACACGUUCUUGUGACUAUCCACCUCCUAAUCCAGGGCCAUGCAUUAGUGUCAUAGCUGUGCUCCUGCUGCCCUCUGAGCCAUGAGUCACCAUCUUUCACUUCCUCAAAUAAUUACAGGCAGCAGUGCCUGUUGCUUGGUCUCAAAGGCUUUCACUGCUACUCAGGAAAUUCACACAAAGCCACAUUUCUGUGGAUGAUCAGGAGACACCUGGGAUUUGCUCUAACCUUGGGCAGAGAUGGUCCCACAUAUUAAACUUUUUUUCCCAUGAGUUGUCUCACCUGUCUGGCAGAUCUUACCUUUCCUUUGCUGGAAGGUUAUGCGUCUUGUAGCUACACAGUGCUGACCACCCCUUGGCCCUCACUGAACCAGAAAACACAUAAUUUGUAAUUUUUUUUUCCUUGUGGAAAAGGAUGUGCAGCUCCAUUUUUUUUUUUUUUUGUAUUUCUCAGAAUACAGUGUAAGUCAAUGUGUCUAAACAAGUACUGAUGGCUAUUCAUUUUUAGAAGGUGCAUUUGGUGUUACAUUACCAUUAACUAACUGUGCAACUGAAAUCCGGCCCAAUCCUGCCCUGCACCUGGUUGGUGCUCUCCAUCUGCAAAGUGUAAAGUACGUGAUUAAUGCAACUAACUUAAAAUUUUCCAGUCACCGGAGGUGGCAUUUUGUUCCCAUUUAGAAGGCUACAUACUUGUAAAUGACUGUGCCAGGUGCAGGGGAAGAGAACCUGACCCCUUCAAAAUUCAUCUUUCCCCUGAAUUAGGAUUAAUUUUUCAAAGGAGCCAGGAUGUUUCUGCUUUCCUCGGGAUGUGUGUGUGUGCUGGGGGGAGGGUGUGUGGCAAACAGAGGUAGUGCAGGAGCAAGUACUGAAAUAGUCUUUGACUUGUCCCUUUCUAAUAAAUAGCACAUUACAAAAGGAGCAAGAGCUGGAAGAAACAUUUUCAGUGUUACUUGUUUAGUGCAGGAGUGCAACUUCUACUCCAUCCGUCCUGGUUAAUUUCCUCCCAAAACGUGUGCAGGUAAAACCUUUUUUGUCACAUUGUAUCAUGAGGCAGCAAUUCCACUCCUUAGUCCAACCGUGUUGUUACAGCAGCAGGAAAAGCCUUCCUGAGUAGGUCUUGAUUGCCCCAAUGUAUGUGUCUGGAAGCCGGGAGCCCAGGAUCGACAUCCGUUAUUAAAAACCCAUCGUGGCUGGGCACAGACGGGGAUGUUGCUGUAGAGAUGACUUAUUACUCGACAAAGUUUAUUAAUUGGUAGGGAUACACUCUCCUGUUUUAUAUCAGCCGACAGAGCCUGUGGCUGAUAAAUGACUGAAAACAUUUCUUCAGAGGUGCUACCAGGGAGGGAUUACAACAGUGCUCAUAUUUUUCCCCUUGCCCUUGGCGUCUGAUGAUUGUAAACUAUCGCCACAGUGUGAAGGGGCCGGUGCUGCUCACUCGUUGUACAGCCCGUCCUUUGCCAAGCGCGGCCCCCGGGACCAUCCUGGGCAGGGCCAGGUGCGCCCCAGCCACCGUGCCCCGCACAGGUGCGCAGGAGCCACCCUGCCCCGGCCGGGACACCGGGCAGAGCCGCCGGGCUGCCGCGGAGCGUGGGUCCCUCCCGUCGGGCAGGUGCGGGCGGAGGAGGGAGGGAACGGGCCCGGCGCCCAGGUGGGGCCGGGCCGGGGGCUCCGCCCGCCCCUCCCUCCGGCCCUGCCAGCGUCUUUGGGGCUCCGCGCAGCACUGGCCGCCCCCGCCGGUGGCCGCAGCCCUCCGGCAGGGCGGGCUCAGUCGCAGGGGGUUGCCUGUCCCGCCGUCGCCAGCCCGGCGGGGGGGGCGGCGGGGGGAGCGCGGUUGUCUCCAGGGCCGGUCCUCUGCCCCCUCCCUCCCUUCUCCCUGCUACCCUCCCUCCCGCCGCCGCGGCCGAGGGCUGCGCGGCCACCCGCGCCUCCCGCCGCAGGGGCCGCCCCGUAUGGUCCCCGGCGCUGCCAUGAGCCAGGCCCCGGCUCCCCGCGGCGCUGACCCGCCGGAGAGCGAUGCCCGCAGCGGGGCCCCCAGCCGAGGGAUGCCGCCGCCGCCGCCCAGCCUGCCCCAGCUCCUCCACAACGCUGCCAAGCUCCUGGAGAAGAGUCCGUUCUCUGUCGGCGCCCCGAGCCCCCUGCUCCCCUCGCCGGCGAGCCUGCAGCUGGCGCAGCUCCAGGCACAGCUCACGCUCCACAGGCUGAAGUUGGCUCAGACCGCUGUCACCAACAACCCGGCUGCUGCCACUGUCCUCAACCAGGUGCUCUCCAAAGUGGCCAUGUCACAGCCACUCUUCAACCAGCUGAGGCACCCCACGGUGAUGAACGCCCCGCAGGGCCACACCGCAGGCCCACCCCAGGGGCCCGGCAUCGCUGGCACGAGGUUCCCCUCCGGUGGAAUUGCCUUUCCUGCCCAGAGCCCGGCCUUAGCCACCCCAGGGGGAGGCCUGGGAGCCGUCCAGGCCCAGGCCCCCAGCGCAAUUGUUAUGAAUCCCUUUGGAAGUGUCAUGGCUCCGACCUCCGGCCAGCAACCCGUAGUGGUGGGUCUCAACAAGGCGGGUGCUUCCACGUCCACUGCUGCAGGAGGCUUUUAUGAGUACAAACAAAAUGUCGUCACUGCCGCCUCUCAGGCAUUUGCCUCAGAGGGAGAACAGUCCAGCCAGCACGGCUUCCUGGCUGGUGGCACCCACACUGCCACCUCGGCAGCAGGGUCGCGCUACGAGAGUCCCUUUGGGGCUCCCGGCCAGCUGCAGCACGAGGCGGCAGCGACAUUUCCCAAGGAGUCGUACGGGGCUGCAGCUCAGCAUGGGGCAGCACGGGCCUUCCCCAGCGACCCACACACGGGCUCCCAUCCGAAAGGAGAUCCCGGCCCUAUCUUACAUGGCAGCAGUACAAGCAACCAGUGGGAAAAUAUCCCUAAUUUCCCCAGCCAAAACAAGCCUGACCUCAUGCCCGGCGACAGCCUGUGGCCGUCAGCAAGUCAGCAGCAGUAUGAAAUAAGAAACGAGCUGUACAACCCCGAAGAGCCGACACCUGACACAAAGUUCAGCACGGCCGCCCCCCCUGCCUUCGGCCGCCUCAACCACAGCGCGCAGAGCUUCGGCAGCCCUCGCAUGAGGCAGAAGGAGGAGCGCAGUGGCGGCACGCCCGAUCUGCCCACCCGCUCCCUGCUGCCACACCAGCUCGGCGACCUCCGCGGCGUGGCCCCUCUCCACUUCCCCCACAUCUGCGCCCUGUGCGACAAGAAGAUCUUCGAUCUGAAGGACUGGGAUCAGCACAUUAAGGGAAGUCUCCACAUCCAAAAAUGUAUGGCUUUUUCAGAUAACACUGGUAUCCGGUGUAUGUUAAGCUCAGCGGAUGGAACAUUGCAUUUAUCACCAAAUAAUGCAGCAGUUUUCAAUCCAUCUAGCAUUGAAGAUUAUCCACCAAAUGUUGGCGCAUCUUUUAUCUCCACACCAGCAAGAUCCUUUGGCCAGCCAGGUCCUACAUUUUCUUCUCCUCCAUCAGGGUUUCCCCAGAGGAAAUCUACGCUGGGUCGAGUUGUUCACAUUUGCAACCUCCCCGAGGGAAGCUGCACAGAGAAUGAUGUCAUUAACCUGGGCCUCCCGUUUGGAAAGGUCACCAACUAUAUCCUCAUGAAAUCUACUAAUCAGGCCUUUCUGGAAAUGGCUUACAGUGAAGCAGCCCAAGCCAUGGUACAGUACUACAAAGAAAAACCUGCUAUGAUAAAUGAUGACAAGUUACUUAUUAGGAUGUCUAAAAGAUACAAGGAAUUGCAGCUGAAGAAACCAGGUAAGAAUGUGGCUGCUAUAAUCCAGGACAUCCACUCACAGAGGGAGAGGGACCUGCUGCGUGAAGUGGACAGCAGGUAUGGCCCUGAGAGGCCGCGCUCCCGCAGCCCCAUCAGCCGCUCGCUGUCACCUCGGUCCCACACGCCCAGCUUCACCUCCUGCAGCUCUCCACACAGCCCGCUGGGCACCGGCAGGAACGACUGGGGAAACGGGAGAGAGGCGUGGGAUCAGUCCCCCUAUUCCCGCCGGGAAGAGGAGAGAGAGAGCAGAGAAUGGCGAGAGAAUGGGGAUGAGAAGAGGGACAGGACUGACACAUGGGUACACGAGAGGAAACAUUAUUCCCGACAACUGGACAAGUUUGAUUUGGAUGAACGGCUUGAAGGAGGCAGAGGACAUCGAGAAAAAUACUUAAGGACUGGUUCCCCUGGGUCCCUUCACCCUUUAUCUGGCUACAAGAACAGGGAAGAUGACUAUUACCGAAAAUCCUCUAAGUCAAAAUCUGAAAAGUUUCAGAGGCAGCUGCAGGAUUUACCUGGCAGAUCUAAGAGAAAGGAAGAGGCAAAGUUAAGGGAACGCAGACAUUCUUUCAGCGAGGACACUGCCAGGGAGGAGGCAGCUGAGCAGAAGCACAGCAAAGCAUCUGAGGGCUCCAGGCAAAAACAAAGUGAUAAGAAUAAGGUGAAGAAAGCUGAAAAAGACGAAGAAGAUGCUACUGCUGAAGGGAAUGAUGAGAAGGAAACCAAAUCUUAUGAGAAUGAGCUUGAAAAAGAGGAGCAAGUUCCAGUGAAGAGCUCACCUUCAGAUAAUAAACAAGGAAAAGAAUCCGGAGAGAUUCUGGAAAACACAAGGAAAGAGAAGGACCGAGACUGGGAGAGUGGAAGUGAAAUAGAAGGUGAGACCUGGUAUCCUGCUAACAUGGAGGAAUUAGUGACAGUAGAUGAAGUGGGAGAAGAUGAUUUAAUUAUGGAGCCUGAUAUAACUGAGCUUGAAGAAAUAGUCCCAGUUGAUCAAAAAAAUAAAGCUGCUUCAGAAAUGUGUCCCUGUAUGUCAACCGUGUUAGAACUGAAAAACAAUCACAGCCACUUAACCAGGAGUGAAGACAAAUUUUCCCAUAAAGCUUUAGAAACAAACUUCAGAACAGCAAAGGGCAGUGCAGCUUCUAGUGGCUGUCAGGAAGAUGAUGAGGAUGAUGAUAAUGAUGAUGCUGUAACUGAAGCAUCAAGCCUAAAUCUGGACCCUGAACAGAAGCCAGAGGAAUUGAAAGAAGACCAAUCUGCUAAGGAGUCUGAUUGCCAGCAGAAGGAAGGAAAAAUUGAUAAGAGCUCUGACACUCGUUUAGAUCCUGAAGAUCACCAUAUACCUUCUGUUCAUCUGAAAGAAGAGACUCUCCAGCUCCCUGAUACAUUUAUAGCUGAUUACAAACAGAUGGGAUCACAAGGAGCCGAGAGCAGAGAAGAUACGGAAAUGCUCAUUAAAAACGCCAGUGAAGAAACAAGACAUGGAAGCCAAGAGUGUCCAGAGGCCAAGGCAAAUUCUAGGUACUUGGAAAUGAGAGCUCUGGAAUACCCGGAGGCAGAGUCUAAACAAAGGCCCUCUACACCAGGCUGGGAACAAGAGGACGUCUUCACCGAGCUCAGCAUUCCCCUGGGUGUGGAAUUUGUGGUGCCUAGAACUGGGUUUUACUGCAAGCUCUGUGGACUCUUCUAUACAAAUGAAGAGACAGCAAAGACAAGUCACUGCAGGAGUACUGUUCACUACAAAAAUCUCCAGAAGUAUCUAUCCCAGCUUGCAGAAGAGAGCCUGAAAAUGAAGGAAGAAGGCAGCCCUCUGCCUCAGGAUGACGCUGGCAUCGUUCCUCACUUUGCAAAGAAAAAACUAUGAUACAGAUGAACUGGAAGAGCUGUAAUGAGUGAAUGCUGAUACUUUUUUUUUAUUUUAAAUUUUAUUUCUAUGAUAUAACUGUCAAUUUGCACUGUACAGAGGAGGGGAAAUAAAGAGCAUGUUCCAUGCAUCUAUGCCCAGAGUGCCAUUAAAAACCAAAAUGCCUGAAACUGUUUCCCACGGUGAAGCAAUGCUGGCAUAUCUGUUAGAAGUGGAGCAAUUCUUUCUCACACUCUGUGUGCUGGGAGUGGUUUCCUAGAUUAAAUCAGAAUUCUCAGGGAUUCUUAAAGUUUUAGUUCUGAUGUAACACAUCAGGUCAGGUGGAGUACUUAGAAGCACUCAGCAUCCUCCAGUGGACGCUGGAAGGAAGGAGAUGUGACUAUUUAUAGGCUUUAAUGUUGCUUAAAAUAUCUUCAGCCAUUUCACUCAUUGCCCCAGUGAGAAGUAGGAUUUGCAUAGGAUAUCUAAAGCCAUUUUGCUAAAACUAGUGAGUAGAUGGCAUAAAGUAAACCCCAUCAGCACCCACCUCCAUGUCUUAGAGCUUGGUGAAAUGACAAAAUGUCUGUGUUGUCAAGCACUGAGUGUACGCUGCCGGUGUUGUGCGAAUUCCAGGGAAGCCACAGCCUGUCCCAGGGACCUCACAGCCUGAACCCAGCACAGCAAGAGCACUUCAAGUGCACGUGCUGACAGCCAGCCUGCUCUGGCUUCAGCAUUUUCCAUGGUGUGGUCAGGGUGUUCUCCAGGGACCGUUGUGUUUGAAACUCUUCUUUGUGAUAAUUCUAAAGGGUGCCAACUUUGAGUCUUACAGACUUGAAACUCUCAUGAGAGGCUUUUUAAAGUGCCACAUGUUUGGACCAUGUCUCUUUUAGACAUUUUAUUCGAGAUCCUUGCUUUUGGGGUCUUUUUUGUUUUCUUUAAAGCUUGCUGUUCCUCAGCUUCGCAACAUUGAAUUUUCCUGGUUUUUAUGGAAAGAUGCCAGAUUUCUAAUAUUGUUUUUGUAUUUUAUUUCCCUGAAUUUUUUAAGGUGAAUACAACAACUGAUGGCUCAGAGCGCUGCACUGAGAACACAGGAUGCACCAGCAGCUCUGGCAUUAUUAUGACCUAUUGUUUCUGCACAGUUGUUGCUUAGUAUUUUGCAAAGUCCCUUUGAAAUGCACUGUACAAGUUUCUGGUUCACUUCAAUAGGGCUUUGUGUAUUAAAGUGAAUACGCAUGCAAACCAUUGCCAGGAUUGAUCCCAGAGUUUAUAAAAUGCCCUGUACAAUCUGGGCAGAUGGGGAUUUGCAAGCAUUUCGAUUCUUUGCCUGACUCUAAUAUCCAUCACAGUAUAUUUUGUAAAAAUUGCUGAUACUGGAUGUCCUGUUUAGAUGUUGUGCAGAGGAAACAGUUUCCCAGAAGGUUCUAGCUAUCCCUAAGAAUGACAGGGAUGUUGCACAAUAUUGCAAAGUGGCUAAAUUGCCAAAACUUCUUCCACCAAAGUAUUUGUUCCUUUAUGUCUUGUGCCAGCAGCUGUGCUCAUUCUCUGAAGAGCCCUGUAGCCAGGCAGUGUCUGUCAGAGGUGCCUGGUGUUGUUGCCUAAAGCCCUGUUCCAUUCCAUGGCCUGUGCUUUCCACUCAUUUUUACCAGAGGUAGGUUCAGAUUUCAUAGCUGGAAUUCCUGCUUCUUGCAAGUUGAGGGAUUCUUUGCAUCCCAGAUUUAGACAGAGCCUACCAAAUGACAAGGGGAAAUGAAAAACAUUACAGCCUAAAUCCUCCUUUGUCCAGGCUGGAAGUAUGUUAAGACUUGUGUCCAUCUGUCAUUUAAAACAGCUAGUUUGGGGGGGAGGGGUGUUUUGUUUUGGUGGUUAGUUUUUGUUUGUUGAUUUUUGUUUUGGUGGGGUUUGUUUCUUUUUCCCCUAUGGAGAAGAAAAAAACCCACCAGUAUUGCAAACUAGGUAUUUUUCCUUCAAGGGUUGGGUUUUCCUUUGACUGUUUGUUUUUCACAUUGCAGUGAAACUUGAGCACAGGGCUAUUAGGACAAGAGCUUGUAUUGCAGGCUGUAAGAUGAUGAAAAUGGCAGUAAAGAUUGUGCAAUUGUCUUCUAAAGUGCAGCUCUCUAGCUGGUCAUGCAUCAUCUGAAUAUGAAGUUCCCUUCAUGCCCUUCAGCACAAACUGAACACAAGGGAAGGAAAUCACUGCAAAUGCAAGCAUCAAAUCUUUGAAGCUAACCCUGCUAUCAAACUGGGGCUCUCACCAGCCUAAUGGGAGCUUGUUAGACCAUGUGGUUAAGCUUAAUUGGAUGUGAGACAUAGCUGACUGAAUAUCAAAGUCAUACGGCCUCCAGCAACUUUAUCCCCAGGUAACCUCAAAUGAGAAAAGUAUCACUGUUAUUAUUCUUUAUUUGUAGUGCAGCAGAAGCUACAGGUCCACUGCCUUUAUUAUAGGAAAGGCACAAAUCCACAACAAAGACUUUCCCAGGCCAAGGAGCUUUAAAUCACACUUUCUGAAAACAGACAACAGGUGGAUACAGGCAGGCAGGGAAAGCAGCAGGUAACCAUGAGAUUUUGACUGGCAGCAGAAGAAUAAUUAAAAUAAGUGUUUACCCAGGGGCUUAUUUCUGGAUUUAUGGGAGAGGAUUCAAACUAUUUUCCCCCUCCUCUGAUUCUGAACCAGGUUCACUCUCUUUAUUCACAACUUGCCUUUAACCUCCUUUUUUUUUCCUGGACAGUUGCAAUAGGAGUGCAAAAUCCCUUCUUGAUACAGUGGGGUUUGGUAUCCUUCGGUCCCCAGCCACUUCAGUUUCAGUCUCCAGAGGUGGAGUCUUGACCAAGGCUCAGGAGGAAAUGCCCUGGCUCCAGAUCCUUGUUUGGGUCACAGCUACAGGUCCUUGCUUGCCACCAAGGAAGGAGGCAGCUCUAGAUGGCAUCUGUGCCCUGUGCAGUUUCCUCUUCUGCAGGGAGAUGACUCAGGUGAGCAGUGCAGGUGCAGAGCCCAGCCCCGCAGACGUGAUCAGAGCCAGACAUUCAUAGAGGAGGUUUGGACACCCCAUCCCUUUGGGCUCUGUCCCGACAAAACAGCAAUCUGCAAAAUCCUGGGAACAGCCAAAUGGGCACUUCCCCUUCUGAGAGGGUCCUCUCUCCCCUACACCUCAACAGCUGAAAGCAGUCCCAAGUCUCAAUUAGUUCCUAAUGAUGCCCAUGAUCAGUUUUCAGCCCGAUGCACUUUGAGAACUCAGAUAAUCUCCUUCCCUCUCCAACAGCCCAUCGUGCAAUGCUGAUAGGCACUCCUCAACUUCUCUCUACUACCUAUUCUGCUGAGGAAGAAUUCUGCUCUAGGCAGCCCCUUACCUUCCUCAGCUUGUGUAAAAAUGUGUUGUUUCUUUUGGUUUACUAUAUUUAAAAUUUUGACUUUUUUAGUUGGCAUAAUUCAUCAUCACUAUAAUCCACGCUGUUUAUUUAUAUAUAUAUAUAGCACAAAGCAGGCUCAGGUCUAGCCAAACAAAUAUUGAUAUUUAAAAAAGAGCUUCCUUGAUAUAUCAAAACCAUUUCAAUACAUCUCAACCAAAGAUUGCACUUUUAUAAUAGGGACUAUGUUCUCCAGCUCUGUGAAAUCUGUAUUGAUCUCAAAUAGUCUUUAAUGUCAAUCUGCAACCUACUUUCUUUGAAGAAAAAAAUGAAAGAAUUAAACAUUUGCCCCAUUAGAUCAGACAAAGUUUCACAUCGGCUUUAACACUAAAUUAGUGUUAGGCUGGUUAUAUUCAGGGUUUUUUUUCCUAUUAUCUAAGGAUUAAGGCUGUGAUUUGUUGAAUUGUACUUGAACUGGACCAGAUGUACUAUUUAUUGAGCUUACAUAAUCUUGUUAAUUUAAGUUUUGGUUUGUAAACAGUUGAAAUUUGUUAGUACUUGUUUAAUUAUGUAGGAACUGUCACCAAUAUUAACUGAUCUGUGUAACUGAUUGCAAAGUGUUUCAAUUUGUGUUUCUUAAAAAGAAAGAUUUUAAUAAAGAGAAUUAUAAAGCAUAUACGUUGGUGGGCAAUUGUCCCAGAAACAACAUGCUU